AUGAAUGUGGAGUGGGUUAGGGAAAUAAGAGUUAGAAUAUGGCCACUUCGCCCAAUAGAAAGCCCAACGCUUUGUCCUAACGCGUCUCUCUCUCCCUCUGCCGUCUCUCUCCUCCCCCGCACGCUGAUUUCACCACAUUGACAUGGUUGUUGCUUGUGCCCUCUGUGCAUUGCGGCACAGCUUUAAACCCAUAAGGGCCACAUCAGAAUAACAAACCUCAAAGACCCUCUCUCUCUCUCUCUCUCUCUCUCUCUCUCUCUCUAGCAUCGUGGCUCUUCCGCAUCCUCUAAAAUCUCAAAGCAAAAUUCCAUGGGAGCUUCACUCUCAGAAACCCUGCACUAAAACCCACAAAAUCGACUUACCCAGAAGAGCUAAUCACAUGCAUUUUUCCAUGGAUUUGAGAAGGCUUUCAAUCCCAAAAUCCCAUCCUUUUCUCUUCUCCCCCAUCAACCGCCCGUGCGUGACCUGCACCGCCCAACACCGCCCCCAAGAACCUCCGCAACCGCCGCCAUUGCAGCUUCCGGAUCAACCGGAGCCGACCGAUCAGAGUUUGCACAACUGGGUAUCUUCUAUUCUCUCAAAACCAUCUUUAGAUUCUUCUAAAUGCAAGGCUCUCGUACCCCUUUUGUCCCCUCUACAUUUUGAUCGAUUGUUCUGUUCCAUUAGAUCCAAUGUGAACCCCACAACAGCUCUCCAUUUCUUCUAUUUUGCUUCUGAAUCUUUUAAGUUCCGGUUUACUGUUCGAUCUUUUUGUGUUUUGGUUCGUCUGCUUAUUGGUUCGAAUCUUGUGGCCCCUGCGAGAUUGCUUUUGAUCCGUUCAAUUGAUGGGAAUGUGCCGAUUUCAUAUGCUAACCCCAUUCACAGGCAUAUGGAGAUAGCCAUUGCCAUGUUAGCGUUGAAUACCGUGGCUGAACGAGGUGUUGGUGUUCAGGCAUUGGACUUGUUGAUUCAUGUCUACUGCACCCAAUUUAAGAAAUUUGGUUACGCGGUUGAUGUGUUUAUGUUUUUUUCUGAUAAGGGUGUCUUUCCGUCUUUGAAGACUUGUAAUUUUUUGUUGAGUUCGUUAGUGAAGGCCAGCGAACUUCAUAAGAGUUAUCAAGUAUUUGAAGUUAUGUCUCGAGGUGUUUCUCCUGACAUUUACUUGUUCACUACUGCGAUUAAUGCUUUUUGUAAGGGAGGGAAGGUUGAUGAAGCAAUAGGUUUGCUUUCAAAAAUGGAAGGGCGGGGGGUUGCUCCAAAUGUUGUUACAUACAAUAAUGUUAUUCAUGGUCUCUGUAAGAGCAGAAGAUUGGAGGAGGCCUUCCAGUUUAAGAAGAAGAUGGUUGAAAACAAUGUGAACCCGAGUCUUAUAACAUACAGUAUACUCAUUAAUGGUUUGAUUAAGCUGGAGAAGUUGUAUGAGGCAAAUUGUGUUUUGAAGGAAAUGUGUAAUAGGGGAUUUGUCCCAAAUGAGGUUGUUUAUAACACAUUGAUUGAUGGGUUUUGUAAAAAGGGAAAUAUUAGUGAGGCACUAAAGAUAAAGGAUGAUAUGUUAUCCCAUGGAUUAACUCCCAAUUCCGUUACUCUUAAUUCUAUACUGCAGGGAUAUUGUAAAACUAAUCAGUUGGAGCAUGCUGAGCAGAUUCUAGACAAGAUGCUAUCCCAUGGUUUAUCCAUAAAUCAAACUGUUUGUUUCUCAGUCAUUCACUGGUUAUGCAUGAAAUCUAGGUUCGAUUCUGCUCUAAAGUUCACUAUAGAAAUGCUUUCAAGAAACUGUAGACCCAGCGAUGGCUUGCUUACCACGUUGGUUAGUGGGCUUUGUAAAGAUGGAAAACAUUCCAAGGCAGUUGAACUUUGGUUUAGGCUAUGUAACAAAGGAUUUGCAGCCAACACACCAACCUCAAAUGCUUUAAUUCAUGGACUUUGUGAAUCUGUUAGCAUGCAAGAGGUUGUUCCGCGACUCAAACCAAUGCUAGAGAGAGGUUUGGUAAUGGAUAGAAUCUCAUACAACACACUUAUCUCGGGUUGUUGCAAGGAGGGAAAAGUGGAUGAAGGGUUUAAGCUUAAGAAAGAGAUGGCUAAGCAAGGAAUUGAACCAGAUACUUAUACUUAUAAUUUGUUAAUGCAUGGUCUAUGUAAUAUAGGAAAAGUGGACGAUGCAGUUAAACUUUGGGAUGAGUUUGAAAAUCAGGGUCUGGCUCCCAAUGUCUAUACAUAUGGGGUGAUGAUAGAUGGGUACUGUAAAGCUGGCAGAGUGGACGAGGGUGAAAAACUUUUCAGUAAGUUGGUAACUAAGAAAGUGGAGCUAAAUUCCGUUGUUUACAAUACACUAAUCAGAGCAUACAGCACAAAUGGGAAUAUGACGGCAGCCCUUGGUCUCUGCUUGGACAUGAAAAAGAAGGGCAUUCAACCAACUUGUGCCACUUAUUCUUCCCUUAUAGAUGGACUGUGCAAUAUUGGCAGUGUUGAUGAUGCAAAAUGCCUUCUAGAUGAAAUGAGGAAUGAGUGUUUGUUGCCAGGUGUUGUCUGUUAUACAGCACUAAUUCAUGGUUAUUGUAAACUAGGACAAAUGGAUAAAGUAGGGAAUAUCUUGCUGGAGAUGUCUUCAUUUAACAUUAAACCUAAUAAGAUUACCUACACUGUCAUGAUUGAUGGGUACUGUAAACUAGGUAUUAUGGAAGAAGCAACUAGACUUCUAUCUGAGAUGACAAAGAUGGGAGUUGUCCCAGACGCGGUCACCUAUAAUGCAUUAACUAAUGGAUUUUGUAAGGAAAGGAAGGUGGAAGAAGCUUUUGAAGUGUGUGAUCACAUGGCCAAUAAGGAGUAGCUUUAGAUGAAAUUACGUCCAUGACAUUGGUUCAUGGGUUGCUUCAGCCCACUACAUGUACAAAUCAGGAAUGAUUGAAAACAUUCAAAAGGUGCAUAUUCUUGUUCUUAAGACUGCUGACCGUAGACCAUGAGAUACAUCCCCUUACCGUCUCCAAAAUGAUUCUUGAGCAUUUGGAGUUGCAACCCUACUCUGUCGAUGAGGCACAUAGCUCAACAAGUUGGCCAUAGUGAAUGAUUGAAACAUCAAGUGAUGGCAGACUCCCAAGGAUUUCCUAGAUACCCGACCUAGCAAUUCCUCAGUCGAUCAUUUGAAGCUAGUGUAUUGAGGUUAUCAAGGUCACGGCAUACAAAGGCGUCAAUACAUGAGGGUUUAGGAAUUUGGAUGAUAUCAAAGAGACUAAAUUUCCUGAGCGAUGAACUUAAUUACAACAUGCAGUAGUUGUAACAGACCUCCCAGAUGCUUCCUGACUGCCUUAGAUGCUUGCUUUUGUCUGGAAGUCAUGGGAUUUCCAACAGCCAGCAGCGUGCUUUGCCUCAGUGUUCUAUUGGUGCGCAAUCUUUCAAGGAGAGGAUGGCUUUUCAAGAGAAUUUUCACCCAACUGACUGACCGGGGUUUAUUUGGGCAGAACCAGUUCCCUGCUUUUUUCCAAAUCCAAAGCCAUUCAAGUAAAGUGAGAGUACUGGUGGAGAACGCAACCAUCUGGUGGUGCAAUUAGGACAGAAUAAGGUGAAAAAAAACAAGUCUUCCUCUAUAGCCGCUAGGUAUGGGUUUCGAGUUUUGUUUCUUGAAAAGAAACAUUAAAUCCGAUGCCUUAAUGCAAUGGUGACAAGAUACUAUUUGUGGAUGAGGAAUUUGAAUAUGAGCUAUUAUCGUUAUAAUAGGCCCAAAAUAUGAGGGUUUUUUUUUUAUUUUUUAAGCAUCUACGUAAACUUUCUUCUUUUUGUUGUUGGAAAUGGUUUGAAAUAACACCUUUUGAUUGAUGGUUUGAAUUCUCUCCUUUGUUUGUAAGGGAAAAGUGUGCUCGUGCGCGUGAUUAACCAUGUUCUCCAAUGUGGCCGAGUCUGUAGAACGGACAUCUUCAUAUGACAACGCAGCUAGCAGCUUGGUCGGAUUGAAACUCUCUAUUCCUGAGUCUGAAUUUGAGAGGAUUGAAACACAACUUACGAGAGUAAUGCUAGGUAGACUAAAUUUGCAAAUUAAAUGAUGUGUUAUCAAUAAAAAAAUAGCACAUUAAUCAACAAUCAAGUAAUAUUUUAAUCAUUAACUUUCAUAUUA